AUGGACCACGCGCAUUCGACCUUAUCACCACCUCCGUCGCCCGCGGCGGCGCAGCUGCAGCAGCAGCGCGCCGUAGUUGUCAAGGACGAUAGACAGCGCGCAGAAUGUUGCCACGAAGGUGAACACAACCACGCGGAAGAAGAGAACGAACCAAAGGAGCUCCAGUUGACGGAUUGUAUCGAAUUCGGCCCGGACUGCGAGGAUAUUUACCACGUUGGUACGGCUGGGCUGAAGGCUCGUGUGUUGAACGGUCUGGACGACAUGGUGCAGCUCAAGGAAAUACGAGUGCGAUCAAACUUGCUGUACAAAAUGACUGGCAUUGAGAACCUUGAAAACCUGACGCACUUGGAACUGUACGACAACCAGAUCAAGAAAGUGGCCGGCCUCGACCGCCUCGUCAAGUUGAGAUAUCCUUUUCGACCUGUGUUGCCAUCCCGCAAUAGCUCUCUUAUUCGCACCAUCCCGGACUUGUCCCACCUGACCCAGCUCCAAGAAUUGUACGUCGCCAACAACAAGCUCACGCACAUUACGGGGAUCGCGUCUCUCUCGACGCUCAAGAAGCUCGACUUAGGCGCGAACCGCAUCCGCGUCCUGGAAGGUUUGGACAAUCUUAUUGAGUUGGAGCAGCUCUGGCUCGGCAAGAACAAGAUCACCAAGAUUCAGGGGCUUGAAGCGCUCGUCAAGCUCAAAAUCAUCAGCGUGCAGAGCAAUCGCCUCGUAUCCAUUGAUAACCUGGACGCCAAUACCGAACUCCAGGAGCUUUACUUGAGCCACAACGGCAUCGAAGCCAUCCAGAACGUGGCCCACCUCUCAAAGCUCGUGAUCUUAGACGUGGGCGCGAACCGCAUUCCGCACAUCCCAGACAUGGCGUCGCUGCAGGCACUCGAAGAUCUCUGGCUCAACGACAACAACGUUGCGUCGUUCGAUGAUUUGUUGCACUUGACAUCGAAUACGUCGCUGCAAACGCUCUACUUGGAGCGCAACCCCCUCGCCUCCGAUUUCGAAUACCGAAAGCGCAUUCACGCGGCACUCCCGUUUGUGUCGCAAAUCGACGCGACGCCCAUUGCUUAA